AUGCUUCGGCAUGGCACACCAUCUGGACAUACCAGUGAUAGGCCAAAUUUUGAACACGUUUUCUCGGCUAGUUUCAAGUUUUCUGGAGUUAUUUCAUCUGUAAAAUCUCAAGAAGAAGGGUUUCUCAAAGUGUUCCUGGUCGGAGGAUGUGGUGCAAGUCACGGCUUGAACGUUAAGGUCACCGCUGCGGUUGCAGCAUGCUUUUCUAUUGUUGUGAGGAUGCCCGUAAAGGUAUUGCUCAAGUGUUUACUGAGUUUUAGUGCUGAUUGGUGUGCUGAGGUCUUUCAUAAUACUAAUAUAUUUAUGGCUGUUUCUAACAAACUAAGAAGGUAUGUUUGA